UGUACAUCGAAUUAAUAUAAAAAUAAUACAGGAAAUCUUAUUGCUCAUUUGAUGUUGUAAACAGUAUACAUCCUUAUGUUUGUUAAGGGUCUUUGAAAAAUAAUGUUUCACAUGCUUGUUACAUAACACACAACUGACAAAUACAUAUACUGUAGGAAGAUCAAAAAAGAAGGCGUGAGACUAAAGAAGACGGAUAAGUAUGAUUUGAUUACAAUGUGGGGGAAACUACAAGGUGCUAUUGACAGGUUUUCUAAGAUAGCACAACCUGUUGAAGAACAAGAAACAAGCAGUAAACCAAGAAAAUUUAGUUACGGCCGCCCUGAAUUCUUACAACUGAAUGAUGAUGAAGUACAAGUUUGUCAAGAUAUCUAUACCCGACCUAUUAUUGUUCCUAGAGAUGAAAUGCUGUUACUUAGGACAUCUGGCUAUGCUGAAGUUAUAAAUGGUGGAAAAAGUAAAUUAAAUGAAGACCAAUCCACAUCCAAACAAUUUUUUAUCAAGAAGAAAUCAGUAAGAAAUGGUGCAGUGUCCACAGAAAUUCCACUGGAACCAAUAACAGAUGGGGGACCAAUGAAUGAGAUUCCAGUGACCUACUUUGCAAUAUUUGAUGGACAUGCUGGUCCUGAUGCUGCAUUGAUGGCUUCUAAACUGUUACAUAAACUGGUUGAGGAAAAGUUGAAUGGUGUGAAAGACUUUAUUUUUGAAAUAGCUGGUCCUACUAAAGGACAGCUUGGAGAUUCAAAGCAUGAUUCAAAGUCCAUAUCCAUCCAUAGUUUAGUGAUUGGUGCUCUGGAACAGUCUUUUAUUUCAAUGGACCAACAAAUAGUAGACGAGAAACAGAACUAUACAAUAUUAGGAGGUUGUGCUGUUAUUGUUGCUUUAUUUUUACUGGGAAAACUCUACAUUGCUAAUGCUGGGGAUUGCAGAGCAAUCUACUGUAACAAAAAAGUAACUGUACAGUUAUCCAAUGACAUGACACCUCAUUAUGAAAGACAGAGGAUAAUGAUCCAGGCCAUGACACGUCCAGAAUUAAUUGGUGAAGACUUUACUUACAACGAAUAUACCAGACGGAUAACCAGAAACGAUAUUGGGAAAAGAAUACUGUAUAGAGGGCCCAUGAUGACAGGAUGGUCUUACAAAGUAGCUGAUGAGGAAGAUUUGAAAGUGCCCUUAAUAUUUAAACUUGGAGGAAAGUCGAGACUUAUGCAAACCAUUGGUGUUUCUAGAGGUUUUGGGGACCAUGAUUUGAGAGUUUUUGAUUCAAGAAUAUAUUUAAAACCACUCUUAUCUGCUGUUCCAGAGGUAAAAGUUUUUGAUCUGAAAUCCAAUGUAGAAGAUGCUGUAUUAGUAAUGGCUUCUGAUGGAUUAUGGGAUGUCAUAACAACAGAAGAUGUUCGAACAACUGUAUAUAAUGUGUUGAAUCAGAGUAGGAAGGAUGAUCCUAAAAGAUUUAAUGCAGUUGCUCAAGAAUUAGUGAUGCAAGCCAGAGGGACCCCAGUUCAUGGAAUGAAUGGUUGGACUAAAAAAGAUGGAUCUGCAGGAUCCUUUGAUGACAUUACAGUAUUAGUUAUACCAUUGGGAGAUGGUGUUUAAUUUAUGUGCAAUCAAAUUUUUAUUGGACUAGGUGGAUUUGUGAUGUGCAAUUGUGUAUAUAGGUGCUUAUCAAAUGAAAAAAAGGGUUCAUAUGAUGAUUUAAUUAAAGUUACGGCAACAUAAGAAUGAAACUUCCAUAGUAUUGCCCCACUGAAACUUGCUGCUCUAUUUUAUCUUGAAAUUAUAUUGAUAAUUGUUUUGAUGUUCUUAACUUUUUAGCAUUCCAAAUAUUUUAGUACCUCAACUAAAAUCUGGGUCCCAAGGGUCUCAUAAUCAAGUUGACCUAAAUAAAACGUAAGAAUGGAAUAUUGCCUAUGCAUAAUUUUAUCAGCUUUCUUUAAUUAAUUUUUAAUGACAUCAUUACAUUUGAUGCAAGUUUUGCAAAAAAGUUAUCUUUUACAUAAGAAUAAGAAUUUGCUUCCAAAAUAGUUUUCAUUUGAAAUAUAUAGUCAGACUUUUUUAAAUAUAAUUACAUCCACAUUAGAUGCAACUAAACAAAUAAGUUGAAUAUUACAUUGUAAAUUGGGUUUAACUUGUGAAAAAAAUAACAAAAAUGCAUUAAUAAGUAGGAAAAAUUUAAUGAACAAAAAAAGUACAGAAUGCAGGAUUAAAUUUAUCAUUAUUUCAAAAUGUGUCUAUGGAGUUUUCAAAACAGUAUAUCAGGCUAUAUCAGGAAAUAUAGUUUGUUCUGACUAUACAUGAAAAGGGGGAGCAAGUGUUGGAGAAAGGAGGCAUGAUUGUAUGCAGUCAUGGACCAUUGACUUAAAAAAAUCAUAAUUCAUAUAUUAAAGAUUGUGAUUAUAUUGGUUUAAGGGGAAUAACUUGAUAAUAAUAUUUGGUAAACAGUUGUAUUAUCAUUGGCAUAUAUCAUUUCUAAAGGGAUUAUUUGACCUCAGUCAUGGUUCGUUGACUUUGAAAUUGUUGCAUAGUUUACAUGUUAAAGUAUUGCCAUUUUAAUUUCUACAUUUGCAUUAUACUAUCAAAACACCAUAUAUAUCUCUGUGUCAACAAUUUAUUACAUAUUUAAACAUUUUAAAUGUUUAGCAGUAUUUUUUAUGUAGGAUGUCCAUUUAUUUUGCAAUUUAGACAUUUUAGCUAAUUUCUCCUAGAAGACUAAUUGAUCUUUGUUUUUGCAAAAACCAAUGGAUUAGACCUUUUCUUGCUGGCAUUUAAAUAUAUGCUGCCUAAAUAUUUGAUUCACAAAACCUGCUUAUAUGAACUUCACAGCAUGCUGGGCUUAACACAUGAUUGUGUUUAUUGUAAGAUGGUGAAUCAAUUGCAAUAUUUGGUUGGUUGUGAUUUUGUGCAAUUGCAAGCAAAAUUUAUUAAUUAAUUAAUUCUUUUUUCAGCAUCUUUUUUUGUGUAAUUUUAAGCAUACACUGAAAUAUUUGGAUCCAGCACAAUUUAUUAUAAUGUAGGACCUAUAGAUGAUUUAGGUCAAGUGUAGUUUGAACUGUAACAUGAUUUCAAUGGAGAAGCAGCUUUAUAUUGUAAUUUACAGUUGGUCUAAUUAUCAAUGAUUAUGUUUGUAAGAAGAGUAAUUCUUGCUAUAUGGAGCCUGUAGUUUCUUUAAGAUGACACAUGUAUAAAUUGUUUCUCAUUUUUGUUCUUGUUUUAUUACAACAAGAAAGCAUUUUAUAUUUACACACAUUUUUCACUUUGAUUUUAUACAAGAUGGUGUAUUAAAAGAAUGUACAAUUUUAUCCAAUAUAGUGCCAAAACUUAGUUGUGCCAACAUUUAUUGAUAAACAGACAAUCUUUAUUGUCUCUAAAACCAAAACUACCAAUCAUCCUUAACAUACAAAGAAAUCAAGUCAUUAAUGAAAUUAUAGUGUGAUAUCUGAAAUGAGAAAGUAUCUACUAUUAAAAAAAGAUGUUUCCAAAAUUAAAAUUUAAAUUGUGUGUUGAAUUUUACUUUUUUUGGCAAAAACUAAUUUGAGAAUCAUAAUUUAUUAUGAAUCUGCCAAAUAACAUAUUUCAGAUGUUCUUAAGACAUUAGACUUUCAUUCAUCAAUAUUCAUAUUUUCAGUUUGUGUUGCAUGAUUUCAAUGGAGAAGCAUUAGGGCUUUAUACUUCAUACAUUUUGAGCAAAACUGCAAAAAACUUCCCAUUAUUAGUUAGAUAUGACCUAAGGCGUUACCCAUACACAAUCUAAUUUAAAUGCAAAUGUGUGUAAUGUACCUUUUUGUGUAAGGCCAUGUCUCAUAUAUAUUUUGACCAAAAACCACAUGUAAAAUGACCAAAUAGGCCAAAUAUGUCAAUUUUGAUAUGUUUAUGAUGUCAUAGCAACAUCACAAGCUUUCUGCACUAAAAGUAAAUCAUUAUGUUCAUAUUUUUAUAAUAUUAAGAUUACUUGGAAAGUCUUAGAUAAUUUGACUAUUUUUGCAAUUUAAUGGUUCAAAUAAUGACUCUGAUCAUACAUCUUCCUUUAAAUCUUAUUCUUAUUCUGAUUGAUUAGAAUUUCCUAUCCUUAAAAUGGGCACAAAUCAAACAGUCAAAAUAUACAACAAUAAAGGAUUCAAAGAACUUAAUUUGUUCAAUAUUUUUUGGGGAAAUUUUGUUUUUUCCUAACAUGUUAACAAUUAGACACAACAGUGAACUUGUCAGAUUUAUCCGAAUUUUUGUUUUGUUGUAUAACUCUACACAGUUAGGUGACUGAAUAAUUUGUCCAACUUUUACUAGUUUUAAAUCUUUUUUCCCAAUUUGCUUACUUCCUUAUUGGUGCAGAAGUUAUCUUUUACUGAGGGUCCAAAAUUAAAUAUAAUUAUGAUUUUCAUAUAUAUAUUUAAGAUAAUUAUGCAUAAAUAAAACUGAUAUUUAGAGAGACAUACUACUGUUAUAUACGAAUAAAUACCACAAAAAUGUAAAACCUACAUUCCAGCAAAAAUAGUUUGAACAUAGAAAUUUUAAGGAGGCUUGUGCCCCAAAAGGUUCAUUUUCUUACAAUUUCAAAUUUACUGUACACCAACUUAAUAUUGUGAGCCAUUUAUAUACUCCCAUCAGAUGUUCAUAUGACAUUAAUCUGUUGGACAUCAGUAUUUAUAUUUUUGAAUUUUACAUAUUGGCAUUAGGGCCUCUAACUUGUAACAUUUAAUGCCAAACAGCAAAAACUGCCAAAAUAGCCUCAUUUUGAGAUCUUGUCAUUACUAUUUGGAUAUGAGCAACAUAUUUACCCCAAAACAUAUUUUGCUUCAAAAAUGUAUUUUUCAAGGAUGUUUAUGUGUGUUAAAUAUUUUUGGGUAAAGCUGUUGCUCAUAGAAAUUUUCACCAAAAAGUGGCAAAAACUGUGUGUGGAAUGGCCAUUUAGAUCAAAUACAUUAAUUUUGACAUUUUUAUAGUGACCUUUCUGCACUAAAGUGUCCAAAUUAUAUUAACCUGUUCAUUUAUCAAUCAAUUUAACAUACUUUAAAAGGCUUGAAUAUUUUUACAAUUUUUGAAAUUUGAGGAGCUAAAUAAUGGCUCCUCCUUUGUUGGAUAUUCUCUCCAAUGUAUUUAUUAACAAAGUUACAAAAUCGUGGAAAUAAAUUGCUUUAAUAAAGUGGACUAGGAAGGGAUAAACCUAUUAAAAGAAUCCACAAAAUGAGUUGAUUUACUGUAAUAUUUGCAUUUAGAGAUUGUAUCUUUGGUAGGAUCCACUUACAUAAUGUCAGAUUGUUCUGUUAACUCUUGUUCUAUUUCAUUAGUGGUUAUUUUGUCUUCCAUUUUCCCCAGUAUGAUUUAAUAAGUAGAGUAGAUGUAAAUACAUUUUUGUAGCAGAAGGAAAUAUACACAUGUAUAAAUGGCAAAACAGAAUUUACAAACUUUAGAUUCAAUGUUGUUAUACAUUCGGUAGAUGAAUCCUUCAAUGGUUUAUUUUUGACAGUUACAGUGUAUUUCAGUCAACAUUGUAACUGUCCAGGGCAAGUUAUAUACAGUCUCAUGACAACAAAUUAAGAAAUAAUCUGUGGUGUAUUAUAUAUUAUCAUACUCAUUUUCAUUACAUUUGUAUUUAAAUUUGUUGACCAAAUGUGAGCGUUGAGUGUUUGUUAUUCUUUUUUAUUGUUAAUUUAUUUGAAUUCAAAGAUAUUGAUUAAACUAUUUAUUUUAUCAGC